UUCCCCGUAUAUAGCACAGCAUGAUCUCCUAGUUGGGUUGCGAACUUGCGAUGCCCUUCUCGUCAUUUGGCGGGAGAUUAACAUUUCCACUCGCUCGAUCUACCGACGUUCACCAACAUAGGGCAUAGUUUCCUACCUAUCGUCUCCUUCUUUCCCGCGUCAGAAUCUCCAGGUCAAGUUUUCUGUUGAACAAAAACCGUCGGCCAUGGAGGACGCUGCUACUCCUGCUUUCGGAUUGACCACUCGCCGCUCGAAAAGGACGAGGGCUCAGAUUGUAGCCACCGAAGCUCAACCUUCCAAGGAAGACGGUGGUGGUGGCAACAACAAUGACAGGACCAGCGAUGCUAGCGACCAGGUGGACAGGGAGAGCUCGCCUGAAGACAUUGAAGAGGCUCGGCCUCCUAAAACUAAGCGGAACCGUUUGGAAGGCACUUCGAGUGCUGCGCAUAAAGUCUCUGAUCAAAACUUGAUUGAAGUUAUAAAGGGAAAUGGGAAACUUAUUCCUCAAGUUGUUAAGCUUUGGGUGGAGAGGUAUGAAAAAGAUCCAAAAGAUUCAAUUGUCGAGCUCCUGACCAUGCUGUUUAAGGCUUGUGGAACUAAAUAUCAUAUCAAGGGCGACUUCCUGGAAGAGACUGAUGUCGAUGAUGUUGUUGUUGCUCUUGUCAAUCUUGCGAAAAAAGGUGAAGUUGAAGAUUAUCAAAGCUCAAAAAAGGAGUUCAAAAACUUCAAAGAUAAUCUUGAGUUAUUCUGGGACCAUUUGGUCCAUGAGUGUCAACAUGGGCCUUUGUUUGAUCAGGUGUUAUUUGAUAAAUGCGUGGACUACAUAAUUGCAUUAUCAUGCACUCCUCCAAGGGUUUAUCGUCAAGUGGCUUCUUUGAUGGGUCUCCAACUCGUUACAUCAUUCAUAAGUGUUGCUAAAAUGCUUGGUGCUCAACGUGAAACUACUCGUAGACAGUUAGAUGCUGAAAAGAAGAAACGAGCUGAGGGACCACGUGUGGAGUCUUUAAAUAAAAGGUUUUCAACGACUCAUGAAAAUAUUACAGUGUUGGAAGAAAUGAUGCGCAAAAUUUUUACCGGGUUAUUUGUGCAUCGCUAUCGAGAUAUUGAUCCAAACAUUAGAAUGUCAUGCAUACAGUCUUUGGGAGUAUGGAUUUUGUCCUACCCAUCACUAUUUUUGCAGGAUUUAUACUUAAAGUAUCUUGGAUGGACAUUAAAUGACAAAAAUGCAGGUGUCAGAAAAGUUUCAGUUCUUGCUUUGCAGAAUCUUUAUGAGGUUGACGAUAAUGUGCCAACUCUUAGUCUAUUCACUGAGAGGUUUUCUAAUAGAAUGAUUGAAUUGGCGGAUGACAUUGAUGUUUCUGUGGCUGUGUGUGCCAUAGGGCUUGUUAAACAACUACUAAGACACCAACUUUUAGCUGAUGACGACUUAGGUCCUCUUUAUGAUUUACUGAUUGAUGAUCCGCCAGAGAUCAGGCAUGCCAUAGGAGGAUUAGUGUAUGAUCACUUGAUUGCUCAGAAGUUCAAUAGCUCCCAAUCUACUCGGAGAGGUGAUGGCGACAACAAUUCUUCUGAGGUUCAUCUUGGCAGAAUGUUGCAAAUCCUGAGAGAAUUCUCAACGGAUCCAAUAUUAAGUAUAUAUGUUGUCGAUGAUGUCUGGGAAUAUAUGAAGGCCAUGAAGGACUGGAAGUGCAUUAUUUCCAUGCUCCUAGAUGAAAAUCCUUUGAUUGAGCUUACUGAUGAGGAUGCUACAAACUUGGUUCGUCUUCUUUCUGCAUCUGUCCAAAAGGCAGUUGGGGAAAGGAUUGUUCCUGCCACUGAUAAUAGAAAGCAAUACUUCAGUAAAGCUCAAAAGGAAUUAUUUGAAAGCAACAGACGAGACAUAACUAUUGCCAUGAUGAAGAAUUAUCCACUACUACUACGCAAGUUCAUGGCUGAUAAAGCAAAAGUCCCAUCUUUAGUUGAAAUUAUCGUGCACAUGAAUCUUGAACUUUAUUCCCUGAAGAGGCAGGAACAGAAUUUUAAAAAUGUUCUUCAACUAAUCAAAGAGGCAUUUUUUAAGCAUGGUGAGAAGGAAGCAUUGAGAUCCUGCUUGAAGGCCAUUGACUUAUGCUGCACUGAGAGUCCAGGGGACUUGCAAGAUUUUUCCCGUAAUAAAUUGAAGGAACUUGAAGAUGAGCUUUUUGAAAAACUUAAACAUGCUAUGAGAAAGUUAGAGGAUGGUGAUGAUGAGUACUCCCUCCUUGUAAAUUUGAAAAGGUUGUAUGAGUUUCAAUUGUCAAGGCCUGUUCCUAUGGAAAGCUUAUAUGAUGAUAUUAUUAUGAUUCUUCAGAAAUUUAGAAGCAUGGAUGAAGAGGUUGUAUGUUUUCUUCUUCUCAACCUCUACUUACAUUUGGCAUGGUCUCUGCACUCCAUUAUAAAUAGUGAAACAGUGUCUAUAGAAUCUUUAUCGUCCUUAUUGAAUAAACGGAAUGCAUUGCUUGAGCAUCUUGACCGUUACCUGAAUGAUCCUUCUGAAGUUGGUAAAAGUGGUAAUCUAGCCGGUCGAGUUUGUACCAUCCUUGCAGAAAUAUGGUUUUUAUUUAGGAAGGAAAAUUAUUCUUCAACAAAACUGGAAAGAUUAGGGUUUUGUCCUGAUGCAUCUGCUGUUCAAAAAUUUUGGAGGCUAUGUGAGCAACAGCUAAGUAAUUCAGAUGAGAGUGAAAAAGAAUACGGGGAGGAGACAAAUAGAGAUGCAAUCAUGAUUGCUGCAGCAAAGUUGGUUGCUAGUGAUACAGUUUCCAUGGUGUAUCUUGGUCCAGAAAUUAUUUCUCAUUUUCUGAUGCAUGGGACAAGCGUGGCAGAUAUUGUUAAGCAUUUCAUUACCACUUUAAAAAAGAAGGAUAACAAUAUCCCUGUUAUCUUUCUGGAAGCAAUGAAAAGAGCCUAUAAUCGACAUAUAGUGGGACUCUUGGGAAAUAGUGACGAGCCUUCAACAAGAAAAUCCUAUAUAGAAUGUAAGGAGUUGGCUGCUCGGCUUUCUGGAACAUAUGUAGGUGCAGCUAGGAACAAACAUAGAUCAGACAUUUUAAAGAUGGUUAAAGAUGGAGUUGAGCAUGCCUUCUCUGAUGCACCGAAGAAUUUAUCCUUCCUGGAAUGUGCCGUUGUACAGUUUGUAUCCAAACUACCUACACCUGAUGUCCUGGAAAUUAUCAAGGAUGUCCAGAAGCGAACAGAAAAUAUAAAUACAGAUGAAGACCCAAGUGGCUGGCGCCCCUAUCAUACAUUUGUUGACAGAUUGCGUGAAAAGUAUGCUAAAAGUGAUGGUCUUCAAGAAGAGAAAGAAGGAAAAACUACCAGACGCAGGGGUCGGCCACGGAAAAAACAUACUAUACAGGGAAAGAGACUUUUUGAUGAGCAAAGUACAAGUGAAGAAGAGGAAUCAAUUAGUGCAUCUGACCAAGAAAAUGUACAUGAUCAAGAAGAGAAGCCGGAUGAGGAAGAUGAGGAAGAAGCACCACUCAUCCAAUCAAUUAGGUCAUCCUCCAAGUUGAGGUCACUGAUAAUUUCAAGAGAUGAAAGCACCACUCAUACAACGGGCAGAGCUACAGAUGGCAUGUCUGCUUCCCGAAUUUUAGGGCCAUCUACAUAACUUGAAUUGACAGUCUGUAAAUUCUCUUGCAUGACUCGUCAUGGUGGACAGACGUCCUCAAAUUUAUUAAGAUACGUAGCUGUGAUGUUUAUUAUCUUUGUGCAAAACGAGAUUAUCUUGAUGUAUUCUUAAUUGAAAGGUUCUUCAUGAGAUAUUUCUUAACUGGUAAUAAGAGUUAUGGUGGGCAUGGUCAAAAUAGUUGGUAUUCUUGUUAGCCUCAAUCAUUUCUUUGAUAGUGGUAGAGUAUCCAUAUGUGGUCUCUAUUUUAA